AUGGAGGGAAAGGAGUAUAAGCGGCAAGAGCAUAAAAUAGAAGAUGGUGGUAUAGUGUAUGUAACUGGAAAAAAAGAAGAAAUCAAACAUGACAAACAACCUGGAAAAAGUACACAACAUUCAAAACCAUUUGUCGGGAGAGGACGUAUAUAUUAUGCAAAAUUCAUUCAUACAAAUGCAAGAACAUUGAAUGAACCAGUUCCCUACAUAGAUCCCAGAAAAGGGCCAGAAAAGCAGGGUGACUGGUGGUCACAUGGUAAAAGACUGGAGCAUCCCUUCCAACCACCUUAUGACACUAAGAGCACCCAGAGGAGUGACUUUCAAAAACCAGCAUGUCCAUUGGUUUUGCCAGUCAAACACAGCAAGUUGCAAAAGCCUUCUUGUGGAAUAGUUCCACUUGCCUCUCCUGAUGCAUCAGCAGAACUUCAAAAGAAUUUUAUAGAACACAUCUCUUUUUUACAUCAAUAUGAUGCUAGGAAAACUCCCAAUGAGCCCAUCCGGGGAAAGCGACAUGGAGCUUUUGUGCAGACAGAGAUAAAACCAGGGAGUAGGCCAAUAAUUCCUACGGGAACAGAGGUAUUACGGAAUGCUCUAGGGUCAUGCUCAUCAGAACAGUCCAAAAAAACAGAGAAAGGAAACUCAGCGGAAAGCAAAAUGAUCUCACCAGGUCUCUGCCGACAAAAUUCCCCAGAGCUGUUAGAGACUGAAAAUCACUUAUCAGAAAUAGACGUCAGAGAGGCAGCCAAGGCAUGCCCCAGAAGUCCUGAGAGAAGGGAGAAGGUUGCAGACAUCUUCCAAGCAACUGCAGUAAACGCUCUUCUCCCCAGGCAUGAUUUCAAUCCACCAAUAAAAAGUCAGGAUAAGUCAGGAUAAAUUACCUUCUUCAGAUAAAAAUCUAAUUCUUGGGAUGGAGAGGAAUUGCGGAAUCAUAGAAACCCUCACAGUUGCUUUUUCUGUUAUCAAUACCUCAAAUUUCAAUUUACAUAAAUGGGAAAAUGAAAAAAGACAAUUAAAAUGCACCAAAAAUUUAAGA